AGACGGUCUGAACAGAAGCUUCGAUUUGUUGGCCAAACUCCCUCUUUCCUUUCUAGUUUUUUUUUUAAAAAUAAAAGAAAAAGUUGUUUACUUUAAACGUGUGAGCGAUCUCUUCGCUCUGAAAUUUCAACCCUUGUUGCUGUUCAUCCCCUAGAUUUUCGCCGUCGUGUUAGACAAGUAUCUCUCAUCUUUCUUCCGUCUGAAAUCGAGUUACGUCUCCUCAACUUCUCCACUUAUCGCUUUGUCUUAAUCCUUUCCUCUAUUGUUACCAUCGGAGAUUAUUGUUGACAAGUCACAAAGCUGAAGAAUGCGAGCGCCAGCUUUGUUUGCGCAAUGCUUGCCUGGCUUGCUACCUCAGGAUCGUGGCGGUGUCUCUGCACUGUCUGAAAAGGAUUUGCAGCUUCCAACACCAGCUGUUGAGAUCAUACCUUCUAAGACAUCAUCUCAUAACAGGUAUUCAGGGGAGAAUCUAGAUGUUCUUGGUUUACCAGUUUUUAAGGGGAAAGUAAGUGUUGCUGAUAUCAUAGGGAUCUCUGGUUCAGAAACUGCUCCUUCUAAAUACGAAGGUUCUCUGAAAAGUUGGGAUAGUUCCAUUGUUCUAGUUGAUGUCCUUAAAAACGAGAUCCGUGAUGGACAGCUUAGCUUCAGAGGCAAAAGAGUCCUUGAGCUAGGUUGCAACUAUGGAGUCCCAGGGAUAUUUGCCUGCUUGAAAGGUGCUUCCUCAGUCCACUUUCAAGACCUCAGUGCAGAAACAAUAAGAUGCACAACCAUCCCAAACGUUCUCGCAAACCUCGACCAAGCUCGUGACAGGCAAAGCCGCCAACCGGAAAGCCCGCUCACACCGUCAAGACAAGCCGUCUCUGCGUCUGUCCGUUUCUACGCAGGAGAAUGGGAAGAGCUCCCGGCCGUUUUAUCAAUCAUAAGAACCGAUGUCUUCGAACCAGCUGCGAUGAGCUUGAGUUUCUCAGAGGAAGAUUUCAACGACGGAUGCAGCAGCCAAGACGGGAGCGUUACAGGACAACAACAGCAAGACUUCUUCUCGAGGCGGUCGAGGAAGCUCUCGGGGAGCAGAGCGUGGGAGAGAGCUAACGGGAGUGAUCAAGGAGGAGAGUGUGGGUAUGAUGUUAUAUUAAUGACUGAGAUUCCUUACUCGGUUACUUCUCUCAAGAAACUGUAUUCUCUCAUCAAGAAGUGCCUGAGACCGCCUUACGGUGUGGUGUAUUUGGCGGCAAAGAAGCAGUAUGUGGGAUUCAGCAACGGAGCGAGACAUCUGAGAAACUUGGUGGAUGAGGAAACUAUCUUAGGAGCUCAUUUUAUUAAAGAAACUACAGACAGAGACGUUUGGAAGUUCUUCCUCAAGUAAGUCUAGAAGGAACACAAACUCAUGCAUCAGUUUGAAAAGAAUUCAUAUACAAAAACACUUUUCUUAUUGUAUAAUGUAAUGCAAUAUCAUUUAAGGUUCAACAUGCCUUUGUUUAUAUCAUCUUGAUGUUCCUUCAUUUUUUUAAAAGAAGUAAACAAUCUUACUCUUCUUCUUUUGGUAAAUAUAUUUGGUUUAGCUUAGUUGCCAAAGUAA